UUGAUUUAUGUCUUAAAUAUAUUCGUGGUUUAUAUUAUACAUGGAAAGGUUUUCAAAAACGUAAUAAUCCAAAAUGGGCACGAUUUUAUUUAACGAAACAAAUAUUAAUUGAUGCUGAUAUUGCAUUAUUACGUGUAUUUGAUUGUUUUAUGGAUUCGGGUUCUCAAGUUAUAUUACAAUUAUAUAUUAUGUUAAGACUUGGUUCAACAUCAAUGAAAUUUGAUACUUUAUUUGCCAAACAAUGUUUAUCAAUUAUUUCAUCACUUGGUUCAUUAGCAUAUGCAUUAAGUGGUUAUUCAAGAUGUUGGAGACAUAUGCAAUUAACACAUUCACCACAUGGUUGGCCAAAAGGUAAAGCACCUCCACGAUUAGUUUCAUGGUGGAGUACAAUUAUUCAAUGGUUUUGGUAUUUAUUUUUAAUAACACCACGAGUAUUGGCACUUGCAAUGUUUGCUGCAACAUUUCGUUCAUGGUUUUGGAUUAUUCUUGUUGGGCAUUGGUUUGGCAUGCUUUUUUGGAUACUCCGCUUUCGUACAAUAUUUUGUAUAAGUGAUACAACGAAAUAUAAUCCACGAGAAGCAAUAUUUGAGAAAUGUUAUAAUCUUGUUUGUUCAUAUAUAUUUAUAUUUUGUUAUAUGAAUCUACGUAAAGGUGAUACUCGUUUACAUUAUAUUGGUUUUUAUACAAUUUAUUAUAUUGAAAAUAUAUCAUUCUCGAUUAUAUAUGCAAUUCAUUCAGCUGAAACAAAUUCUGUGUUUAAAUAUUCUCUUGUUACAUUUGUUUGUGUUGGAUUUUGGUUUGCUAUUUUUUUCCAGUUUAUGUAUUAUCGUUUUCUACA